GGCGGUACUGGAUUAAUCGGAAAGGCAAUUUCGGCUCAACUUCUUUCAGCUGGACACACAGUCAAGGUGGUAACGCGAACACCUAAAUCCAAUAAUCAUGUGACCUGGGAUUCAAUCAAGUCCUCUGGACUGCCACCGAGUACUCAAGUUGUAAUCAACACCACUGGGCGGAGCAUUGGUGAAGUCAACCCGCUUUUCUGUCUGCCGGGUCGCUACAAACAAUAUAUUGAAGAAGUCUUCUCCAGUCGAAUAGAUACUACAAAGAUUUUGGUGAAAGCUGCUCAAUCAUUCCCUUUGAAGGCUUUCAUUAACGCGUCGGCGGUUGGUUUUUACAAACCAAGUCUCACUGAAACGUUUACGGAAGCGGCAGCUUAUGAAGACCAUGGUAUGAUUACCCGGCUAGUUAAGGAAUGGGAGCUGGCUGCUCAGAUGCCGGAACGAAAGGAUAUCAAGCAAUACCAACUCCGCUUAGGUUUUUACAAACCAAGUCUCACUGAAACGUUUACGGAAGCGGCAGCUUAUGAAGACCAUGGUAUGAUUACCCGGCUAGUUAAGGAAUGGGAGCUGGCUGCUCAGAUGCCGGAACGAAAGGAUAUCAAGCAAUACCAACUCCGCUUAGGGGUGGUCCUGGCUGAGAACUCCAAUUUCGUCAAAUCCCUAUACCCUAGCCACCGUGUCGGCUUGGGAGGUCCAAUUGCUUCCGGGCGUCAGUGGAUAUCAUGGAUCCAUUUGGACGACGUCGUGCGUAUUGUACAAUAUUUACUUGACCCUGAAUCUUCGGUACCGGUGGGUCCCGUGAACGCAACUGCUCCAUUUGCCUGUCGUCAGGAUGCAGUCUCCAAGGCUUUUAGCGAGGCUGUCAACGCACCCAAUCUCCCUUUCGGUCCCAUUCGCACCCCUGCCUUUGUCGCCAAAUUGAUUCUUGGCUCUGACCGCUCGACCCUUUUGUUGGAGGGACAACGUGUAGUCCCCCAAAAGCUUUUGGACGCUGGAUUUAAUUUUAAGUAUCCGCGUUUGGAGGAUGCUUUGGAGGCUAUAUUUCAACGGCGUCCAACCUCCAUUCCUACGGAC